AAGAGAAUAGAGGUUAUGUUUAUUGUGUUUAUGUUUUUUGUUUAUAUUUCUAGACUUAAUUGUCUUUACUUACACAAAAAGAAAAUAUAAAAAAUGAACAAUGUAGAGACAGUAGAAAACUUUUUUGGAGUGUAUUUACUUUAUUGUCUUAACCCGAAAUAUGCGGGAAGAACCUACAUAGGCUACACAGUGGACCCAAAUAGAAGAAUCAAACAACAUAAUAAAGGUUUACAAUAUGGGGGUGCAUGGAAGACUAGCAAUAGGGGCCCAUGGACAAUGGUAAUGAUCAUUCAUGGUUUUCCCAAUGAUAUUUCUGCAUUACGAUUUGAGUGGGCUUGGCAACAUCCGCAUGCCAGCAGAAGAUUGCAACAUGUAAGCAAGAAAAAGGCAAGGGAGAAAACUUACGAUUUUUGCCUAAGGGUUUUGUCGGAAAUGUUGCUAGUUGGCCCUUGGAAUAGGCUCCCUUUGACAAUCAGGUGGUUAAAUGAAGAGUUUAUUAGGGAAUUUCCUGUUGGAAAGUGCCCCCCAAUGCAUAUGCCCAUCUGUCAUGGCCCUGUGGUAAGCAAAAAACUAAAAGCUCAAGGAAGUCUGAGCCAAGAACCCAAAGAAUCAGACCUGUGCUACAUUUGUUUUAACAUAAUAGAACCACCUAAACAAAUGACAUGUUUAAACUCGGAUUGUAAUAUCUUGUGUCAUAUUCUGUGUAUGUCCAAAAGUUUUUUAUCGAAGGGAGAAUAUGUGCCUGUAGAGGGCAAAUGUCCCAAGUGUGAAAAUCACUUUUUAUGGGGAGAUUUAGUUAGAAAAUAUAAGGGUUGUUAUGAAAAUAUUGAUAUGAAGGUUAAUGUGGCACAAGCUAAUGAUUUUUAUUGUUCUGACGAAGAAGUUUUAUGAUGUUUUACUGAUACUGUAUUUUUCUGAUUAAUUUUUAAUUGACUCACUUUUUAGCUUUAUAUUCUUAUUGUUUUUUUUUUUAAUUUUAUUAAGGUAAAUAUACAAAAUGUGGCAUACAUAUUUUAAAAAAUUACAUGAUUUUUAUAAUGGA